UCAGCGAGACCAACCAAACCUGCAGUGCAUGAGGAAGCUUUUCCGUCUGCAAACACAAUAAUGGCUGCCGCCCAGCUGCUUUGUUGUAAGGCUAGCCUACAAGUCGAAACCGGCGUAUUAACGGCGUCUGCGUCUUUGCUUUGAUACAUUUGUUACUUCAGUUGCAUCAGUGGCAUUGCUGCUCUCCCACAAUGCAUUGCCAGAGGCGUUUGUGUUCAUCCGACAGACCAGUAUAACCAUUACCUCCACUCCUUCUAGCCCAAGUCAGAGCAACAAAACUAGAAGGUUCUCCCUUGUCUCAACUUGUUUAUUAAUUAACUGCAGCUAUGUCUGGUUCUGGUGACUUACCAGCCAUCGAGGGUUCUGGGAUGGGUGGGAUGAAGCUCCCCGUUGGAAUGACUCGACGGGCCCUCAGCUACGACGACAACCUGGAGGCCCCCAUGUCCACGCCACCCCACGACAUCAGCAUCAACAACCUGUGGAGGCGGCCUGUAAUACCGGAGAGGAAGUUCUCCCAGCUAGCUGAGGAGGAUGAAGGCGGCGCCGUCAAACAGGCUGCCGGGCAGGAUGGCGCCCUCUUCAAGGCUCCAGCUGUAGUGAAAACUAAGGCUUCGUCCAUCAUCAUGAAUUCUCUCAUCACCAAACACACUCAGGAAAGCAUGUACAAGUUUGAGCAGACGGCGGGCCUCACCGACACCAGUUACACUCCACACAAAGGCCUGACAGCGGAGGAGACGAGACACCACCACCGCGUCCCCGAGUCCCUCCAGGUCAGAUCAGCACGUCAGUAAUAAAACAUGAGGAGACAAUAGUGUGCUUUAUAUGCUGGGUUUAAAGGCCAGCUGACCAAUAAGAG